AACGGAAAACAGUCACGGGAAGGAAAAGAGAGACGCGACCAGCAGAACAGUUUCAUUGCAGGAUGGACUCUGAGUUCCUGAAACGCAGACUGGGUAAAUGUUUGGUGGAGGCUCUGGCAGAAGUGGUGGAGCGGAGGCCCAUGGACCCCGUCGAGUUUCUCGCUCACUACAUCUACAGAUACAAAGAAAACAUGGAGUUCGCCAAAAAGACGGCUGCAAAUGAGAAGCGGGUGGAGGAGGAGGUGGAGAAAGCCAGAGAGGAGGCCGAGCAACAGAAGCUGCUGAAGGAGGAGGAGGCGCGAAUACGAGCCGCGCAGGAGCUCACACAAGAGCCGGUAUCUACACCUCCUCCAGCUCCAUUGCAAGAGCGACCCAGGAUGGUGAACCCACCCAAGAUGGAGGUCCUGAUGGAGGCUGAUGGGCCAAAAUCCGGCACUGAAGCAGGUCCUGUAGAACCUGUCGCACCGCCUCAGGCAGAAGAACCAGAAACACAGUCUGAAGCUGAGACAUCAGCAGAGGCUCCACCAGACGAGGAGGACGUAAAGACGGCGGAGACGACAGAUGUGGAGAGAGCGCCCUCUAGAGCUGCAAAUGAGGACACAACCGAGGAACCUGAGAAUGAACCCACUGUGAGGGAUUCAGACGACUCGAAACCUCCAGAUGUAGAAGGUACAGUCUCAGAGAGCACAGAUGAUGCAGCAAGACAUCCAGAAGAACCAGUGAGCGAGAUACAACCGAGUCAAAGCCAAGCAGAAGAGGAGAAAGCAGGCGAUGAUGCGUCACAAAUUCUGUUCAAAUCAGCAGAGGAAGAAGCAGUCAAUCCUGAACCUUCUCUGAUGCUGCAGGACGACUCCGAGCUCACACACACCGACGUGGAUGAAGACCAAUCAGCAGCUCUGGUGAAGAGCGUGGAUGAAGACCAAUCAGCAGCUCUGGUGAAGAGCGUGGAUGAAGACCAAUCAGCAGCUCUGGUGAAGAGCGUGGAUGAAGACCAAUCAGCAGCUCUGAUGGAGAGCGUGGAUGAAGACCAAUCAGCAGCUCUGGUGAAGAGCGUGGAUGAAGACCAAUCAGCAGCUCUGAUGGAGAGCGUGGAUGAAGACCAAUCAGCAGCUCUGAUGGAGAGCGUGGAUGAAGACCAAUCAGCAGCUCUGAUGGAGAGCGUGGAUGAAGACCAAUCAGCAGCUCUGAUGGAGAGCGUGGAUGAAGACCAAUCAGCAGCUCUGAAGGAGAGUGAGGUUCCCGGACAGGAAGAGCCCGAGACCCUCACCGACCCGAACACGCUCAAAGACACGGGGGAAGAAGAAGAAGAAUGAAGAUGAGCCAUGUCCUCUCUAAAUAUGCUUUAUACUGCAUAUGUAUUAUAAUGUAUGAUAUAAUAUGUUUUAAUGUCUAUUUAAAUGAUAAGCUUUCUGAAGCAGGCUGAACUCAGUGUAUUCGUCAUAGGAACAUGUUAAAAUACAUGAGUCGGUCCUCUGUAGCUCAUUUCUCACAAGUAGAAAAGAUUAAAUGAUCUGUUUUCCUGCUUCGUGGGUUUGUGUUUUCCUUCAUACUCAGGAUUUCACCUGAUUGCGAAGUGCUUUAGGAGCCGAAUCAGGUGUGUUCGAGCAGGAAAAACACUAUACUGUGAUAUUCAUGAUUUCAGAAGUGAAAUUUAUUGAAGAAAAAAAAAAACACCAGGUUUAAAAGUUGUGUUGUUUUUCAAUAUUGUGGCACUUUUCUUCAUUUUCACUUUCUUAAGUUUAACUUGACUUAUUUUCACACACCAUUUAUUUGCACCAAAAAAUCAGACACACAAAACCAUGGCCUUUUCAUCAAAUCUCAUUUAAAUGGAAAUGAAUGCAGUUUUACUUGUAAGUGAUUCACUGGUGAGAAAGUCACAUGACUCGGUUUGUUAUCCUCGUCCUAUUUAUAUUCCACAUGAACAGAGAGAUGAAAUCAGGAGUCUGAUGUAAAAUACAAAACAUGUGAUAAUAUACAACAGCAGGUCGCUACACGCACAGCAUCAGGAUAAACCCGAUGGUGUAUGUGCAAAACUAAACAAGACAGCAAAUAAAGACAGGCAGUCUUUGGUU